CUUGACGAUCUCCCAUUUCUAAUGCCGUCGCGCCACAGAUUUCUAGGUUUAACAUAAAUUGAAUCGCGGCUGCUAGGACGGUUCCAAAUCUGUAUAGUAAGGUUUACUUUAAUUAUUUCUCUAUAGAAGUCAAAGAAACGAAGUGAAGUCACUCAGACUGUCGUCUGUAAGGAAUUUUAUUUUGUUUUCAACAUUGUUCUGAGUAGUAGCAUUUUGUUUCUCUAGCCGGUGUGUGUCUCUCAAGUUGAAUUUAUUUUCAUUGUAAACAUCUGAGCUAUUCUUCUUUGAAGAUUCCAUUUCUUGGCCUGAAAAACUCUAAUUUUGAGAUGGGGAAAGUUUUAUGUGAACACUGCAAAAAGAAAUGUGUUGGAAAUGCUUUGAAAGUGCAAAAUAAGCAUUUUCAUGUUGAUUGCUUCAAAUGUGUAGUAUGCUCUUCUUCUUUGGCACAUGGAGGCUUCUUUUGUAAAGAUGGAAAAUACUAUUGUACAGCUGAUUAUCAGAGGAUGUUUGGAACCAAAUGUGGUACUUGUAAUAAAUUUGUUGAAGGAGAGGUUGUAUCUGCUCUUGGAAACACAUAUCAUCAAAUGUGUUUUGUAUGUGCAAGAUGUCGUCAACCUUUUCCUCCUGGAGAAAAAGUUACAUUUACAGGAAAAGAAUGUCUUUGUUCUAAAUGUAUACUGAUCCCUGUCCUGCCUUCUGAAAUACCAGAAUCUCCUACGAAUUUAAUAAGGAAAUGUGGUGGGUGUAAAGAAGAACUACUUGAAGGGCAAGCUCUUGUAGCACUUGACAAACAGUGGCACAUUUGGUGCUUUAAGUGUACAACUUGCAGUUCUGUGCUUCAUGGAGAAUAUAUGGGGAAAGAUAGUAAACCAUAUUGUGAGAGAGAUUACCAAAAACUAUUUGGUGUAAAAUGCAUUCAUUGUGAGAGAUUUAUUGCUGGAAAAGUUUUACAAGCAGGAGACAAUCAUCAUUUCCAUCCAACUUGUGCUCGUUGCUCAAAAUGUGGUGAUCCAUUUGGUGAUGGGGAAGAAAUGUAUCUUCAAGGUGGGGCUAUUUGGCAUCCAAGAUGUGGGCCAGGACCAGAUUCUCAGUUAGAUGACAGUGAUUUGGAUUCCAAAAAAGAACUAUCUAUUAAUGGAAUUCAUCUGUACCAGGUGUCACCUCUCUACCAUUAUUAUGAUUUAUACUGCAUUGGAAACAGUGUUUAUAUACAGUAUGGUCGUUCGAGUCCAGGAAGUUAUAUGGAAGUAGAUCCACUUCUGUCUGAUCUUAAUAGAGUAUAUACAUACAGCUAUUUAACUGCUGAGCCUAGUCUGGGCUAUUUGAAACGCCCUCUUGAUCCAAAGCCAUCAAAAUCACCUCAGUUCCAUAGACCACCAGAUGGGCCAGAGAGAAGAAGAACGUGGAGCAAAAGUUCUAGUUGUAGAGCAGGCAUGCAGGUGCUUGUGGAUUCUAUUCAGUCCACCACACCUAGACCACAUUCCCCACAUAUGAAUAAUGAAGAACCUAUAGAAUAUUCUCAUUAUCCUGGAGGUCAGCCACCUUGUCCUGAUGAAGUGCCAAGAAUUGAGCGAGAUGAUUUUCCUGCCCCUCCAUUUCCAUUUACUGAUCCAGAACGUAUAAGAAGAUGGAGUGGUAGCUCAAAAGGUGUAGAUGUGGAGGAAGAGUUAGAACUUGAACAGACUGUUAGUAAUGAAGUUGAUCCUCAAUUAAAAAAAGAAGAAGAAGAACUUUCUAAAAUUGCAACUGGCAUAGGAAAAGUUUUCCUAAAAACUGUUAAAGAAAGAGAGAAAAUUAAAGCUUGGAAAAAAUUUCAUUUAGAUCCACGGAAUGCUUCAAGAACCCCUUCUGCUAGCAAGGAACCUCCUGUUAGGCUGAGAUAUGAUAAUCCUGUCAAUGCAUCUCCAUCUAGAGAUUCCGAUCAUCCUAGGCCAUGGGAUGAUGAAGAAUUUGAUCAAAAGUCAAGCUUUCGUUCUUCUACUGGCAGACUUGUUGGCACUAUGCCUAAUUAUAAUGUUGUUUCAUCUCUUCGUAAUGUGCCAAAACCUGGGUAUGGCUUAGCAUCUCGUUCUGAGCGAGACAGUGGUCUUGGCUAUCUGAGUGAUUAUAAUUUUGAAAAGUUGGAAAAAACUCAGAGCUCGGAAUUCAGCAGUGGCAAAUCUGAUUUGUCAAAUUUCUCUGACCAAGACCGAUCAUUCUUGAGGCAUUUAUCUAAUGAAGAGUUUCAAGCUAUAUUUCAUCUAACUCGUCUGCAGUUUUAUCGCUUACCUGAAUGGAAAAGGAAUGAUUUGAAAAAAAGAACCAGGCUAUUUUAAUACAAAAGUAUUAAUUAUUUUAUAAAGUUACAGUGUUAAAUAGUUAUAUUUUGUAAAAUAUUUUAACUUGUGUGAAAUAUUUGUA